ACGCUUAGAAGAUAUUUUAAAUAUUUUGAGGUUUAGGUAGCAAAAAGGGUGAGUCAAAGUUUAUCUUCCUCUCUUCAGUAUCGUUUAGUGUGUACCGACGGCAACACUGUUGUUCGGACCUUCUGCGAUUAUGGAUCAGUGGAAGCUGUGGUUUGUCCUGCUUCUGCCACUGUGUCUGUGCUUUGACUCUGAAGACAUUCUUGUGAAAACCAUUGGGAGUGAACCAGAUGUCACUCCAAUAUGCACCAACGCUACACUGAGUAUCAUCACACUGAUAGUGUGUAAGAUCAGCACAGAGAGAAAUGGGGGAGCAGAGUGUCGUCUGCUGUAUGGACAUGGAUGGGACUUUGUGCACGAAUGUGACUCCAGGUUCACACUUAAGACAAAGAAUCAGACUGUGUUUCUCCACCUGACCAGUUUAAAACCAGAGGACAGAGGGAACUACACCUGUGAGUGUUCACAUCUUGAUGGAGUAUAUAUUCUCCAUCUGAAUAUCACUGUGGAAGCAGCAUCACAUGAACAGGACUUCAGCAGCAGUUUUUUUAGGAUAUUGCCCAUCAUUGUUAUCGGUGGUGUUACUGCAUCCAUCAUUGUGAUUGGACUGGUCCUUAAAGGAAUCCUGAGAAAAAUACAUUCAAGAGACGAUACAAGGUCAGCAGCAUCUGGGUUAACGGUCUGUGAACCCCCCUGCUCUUUGACAGGAAAUGAUGAGCGGGAGAGAGAGAAAAGGAUAUCACAUGUAACAAAUGUCCCACGCAGUAUGGUAUGUGUCUUAACCACAAGGCCACCACAACGCCUCUUAGGUGAUGCGAAGGGGAGAGUGCCGUAUAAUAGACUUUGCACCAGUAGAAGAAACCUUUUGUAAACUCAGUGACAACAGUCCUGUGACUGUGAGAGAGGACCUAGAUGACCCUGAUGACCCCUACACAAGCCUUCAGCAGCCAACAAAUGAUCUCUAUCAAACUAUCUCCUCAGUGCAACAUCAGCAUGACACCAUGAGAAAUUCAGCCUGCAACAUCUUAGUGACUGCGCAUUUGGAUCAGGAAAUAGAUGGAAGAGAGACUGAUCCAAGUUGCAAAAUCUAUGAAAACAUUUAAUCAAGAUAACAUGACUGUAUAACAGUAUAAUAUGUCGUAUAACAUUUUUGGCUUAUUGAGACAAUAUAGAGUUUUAGAAUUUAAAAGGAUUUCCCUAAACAUGAGGAAAUUUACGAGAUUUUUUAAUGCACAUACCUUGCCAUGAGCCAUGUACAGAACAAUUAUUCAUACAUGUAUCAUUAUGAAUUGUAACUUAUUGAAAUUUAAAGAUAAAAUCCACUUAAUCAAACUAUAAUUGCUCAUUGGGGAGGCAAUUUUCCAAAGGCUCAUUAUAUACAGUACAUUGUUGGGACAAAAAAUACAGUACUAAAAAUUCAGCAUCCUGUAAAAAUAAACACAAGCAAAAUAUUUUUGCUCGCUGUGUGGCAGAGAAGAUGUCUGCGUUACACUAUUUUUCUCCUUCGUUAUUAUUAUUUUAUUUUAUUUUUUGUUUUUCCAAUUUUCUAGAAGAUGACGAUAAGCUUGAAGUCCUACCUUGAUUGUGUGUAUUUGAUGUUCCACUACCUCUGAUAACUCUUCUUAUUUAAAGAGCCUGUUCAAGGUCAGCCACAUCUGGAUCAUCUGUAUGUGAAACUCCCGGCUCUUCGGGGACUAAUGUAUUCUUAUGUUCUAUAUCUUUAAACUCAGAAAGAAGCCAGUUCAAUGAUGUUAUCUGGAACAUAAUAAUGAACAUAAUUUAGUUUAGACUUUAAAAACAUGAUGCAUCAAGAUUUUAGUUUAUAGGACAAAGAUGACCCUGAUGACCCCUACACAAGCCUUCAGCAACCAGCAAGGGAUCUCUACCAAACUAUCUCUAUUUCAACCAAAGAGUCAAGAUAACACAGCUGUGUAAUAUGUGGAUGUUCUUCUGAUCGUAGUUGGACAAAGUCCUUCAGUUCUUUGAGAGAUCCAAAAUAAUGAUAUUUUUAUGUAAAGGUUUUUGUGAUAUAGGUUGUUUUCCUAAAUAUUGAGAUUACAGUAGCCAAUAAUAUUUAGCCUCAACACCUCCAAUUCUUAAGCUGUUGCUGGGCGCUGCCAAUUUGUUCAUUGAUGCUCUGUAUAAAACUAUUGCAGUGGUCGAUAAGUCAAGAAAUGCAAUAAAGUAUGUAAAAUAUAAUGAUUUGUACAAUAUUGAUUGUAAGUGAUUAAUUGUUGGAAUUUCAAAAUAAA